AAGGUCAGAGAAAAAGUAGGUUCCUUCACACUUUCUCAGUUCUGGACCUGUGUUAUCUUCCUACUCUCUACCUACACACACUCACUCAUUGCAUUUCAGUACUUGCACUCUUCUUCUUCUUCUUCUUCUACUCCUUUCUUCCAUACCCAAAACCAAGAAGCAAAAAUGCGUCUUCUGCUUCUCCUCUUCCUCUUCCAUUUCACUCUCUCUGCACCCAUCUCAGAGUACCGUGCUCUCCUCUCUCUCCGGGAAGCCAUUACAGACGCCACCCCACCUUCACUCUCCUCAUGGAACGCCUCAACCUCCCACUGUUCCUGGUCCGGCGUCACCUGCGACCCCCGCCGCCACGUCAUCGCUCUCAACCUCACCGGCCUCAGCCUCACCGGUACUCUCUCCGCCGACGUCGCUCACCUCCCAUUCCUCUCCAACCUCUCCCUCGCCGACAAUGGGCUCUCUGGACCCAUCCCACCGUCGCUGUCUGCAGUCACCGGACUCCGGUUUCUCAACCUCUCCAACAACGGCUUCAAUGGCACCUUCCCUUCCGAGCUUUCCGUCCUCAAGAACCUCGAGGUUCUCGACCUCUACAACAAUAACUUGACCGGAGUUCUCCCUCUCGAUGUGACCCAGUUGCCGAACCUCCGCCACCUUCACCUCGGUGGCAACUUCUUCUCCGGCCAGAUCCCUCCGGAGUACGGCCAGUGGCAGCACUUGGAGUACCUUGCUGUUUCCGGCAACGAGCUCGCCGGGGCCAUUCCGCCGGAGAUAGGGAACUUAACCAGCCUCCGGGAGCUCUACGUCGGGUACUACAACACCUACGAAGGCGGCAUUCCGCCGGAGAUUGGCAACCUGACGGAGCUCGUGAGGUUUGACGCAGCCUACUGUGGAUUAACCGGUGAGAUUCCGGUGGAGCUGGGGAAGCUUCAGAACCUGGAUACUCUGUUUCUCCAAGUGAACGAGCUUUCAGGGUCUCUGCCAUGGGAGCUUGGGAAUCUGAAGAGCUUGAAAUCCAUGGAUUUGUCUAACAAUGUGAUAACCGGUGAGAUUCCGACGAACUUUGAAAACCUGAAGAAUCUCACACUGGUGAACCUGUUCAGGAACAAACUUCACGGAGCUAUUCCGGAGUUCAUUGGCGAGUUGCCGGCGUUGGAGGUGGUGCAGUUGUGGGAGAACAACUUCACCGGAAGCAUCCCUGUGGGUUUGGGGAAGAAUGGUAAGCUCACGGUGGUUGAUCUUUCUUCCAACAAGUUAACAGGUACUCUGCCUCCUAAUCUCUGCAAUGGGAACCGUCUUCAAACUCUGAUAACUCUGGGGAAUUUCCUCUUCGGUGCAAUCCCUGAAUCGCUUGGAAGCUGCAAAUCACUGAGCAGGAUUCGCAUGGGAGAUAACUUUCUGAAUGGUUCAAUCCCAAAAGGUCUUUUUGGACUUCCUAAUCUAACCCAGGUUGAGCUUCAGGAAAAUUACCUCUCUGGAAAUUUUCCUCAGGAUGAUUCUGUUUCUGUUAAUCUUGGUCAGAUUACUCUCUCCAAUAACAAACUCUCAGGGCCAUUACCUCCUUCCAUUGGCAACUUCUCUAGUGUGCAGAAGCUUCUCCUGGAUGGAAACAUGUUCUCUGGUCAGAUACCCCCUCAGAUUGGGAGGUUGCAACAGCUCUCAAAGAUUGAUUUUAGCCACAACAAGUUCUCAGGUCCUAUUGCCCCAGAAAUCAGUAAAUGUAAGGUCUUAACAUUUGUUGAUCUUAGCCGUAAUGAGCUCUCUGGUGAGAUUCCAAAUGAAAUCACUGGUAUGCGGAUACUGAAUUAUUUGAAUGUUUCAAGAAAUCAUCUAGUUGGUAGCAUUCCAGGGUCUAUUUCCUCAAUGCAAAGCUUGACUUCUGUUGAUUUUUCAUAUAACAAUUUAUCUGGUUUGGUUCCUGGUACUGGCCAAUUCAGCUACUUCAAUUACACUUCUUUCCUUGGAAACCCUGACCUCUGUGGACCCUAUUUGGGUGCUUGCAAGGAUGGCGUUGCCAAUGGUGGGCACCAACCUCAUGUUAAAGGGAGACUCUCUUCUUCAGUGAAGCUCAUUCUGGUGAUUGGGUUGCUUGCAUGCUCCAUUGUGUUUGCUGUUGCAGCAAUACUCAAGGCUAGGUCUCUGAAGAAAGCCAGCGACUCGCGCGCAUGGAAAUUGACCGCGUUUCAACGCUUGGACUUCACUGUGGAUGAUGUUCUGGAUUCCUUGAAGGAGGACAACAUAAUAGGGAAAGGGGGUGCUGGCAUUGUCUAUAAGGGUUCAAUGCCAAAUGGGGAUCAGGUUGCUGUGAAAAGGCUUCCAGUUAUGAGCAGAGGUUCUUCCCAUGAUCAUGGAUUCAAUGCAGAGAUUCAGACAUUGGGGCGAAUCCGUCACAGGCACAUUGUUAGAUUGCUGGGUUUCUGUUCAAAUCAUGAGACAAAUCUGUUGGUCUAUGAGUACAUGCCAAAUGGGAGUUUGGGUGAGGUUCUACAUGGAAAAAAAGGGGGGCAUUUACAGUGGGACACUAGGUAUAAAAUUGCUGUGGAGGCUGCAAAGGGACUUUGCUAUCUACACCAUGACUGUUCUCCGUUGAUCGUCCAUCGAGAUGUAAAGUCAAACAACAUCCUACUUGAUUUUAACUAUGAAGCUCAUGUUGCUGAUUUUGGGCUUGCCAAGUUCCUACAAGAUUCUGGAACUUCUGAAUGCAUGUCUGCUAUUGCCGGUUCAUAUGGAUACAUCGCUCCAGAGUAUGCGUACACAUUGAAGGUUGAUGAGAAAAGCGAUGUGUACAGCUUCGGCGUGGUUCUCUUGGAGCUGAUAACCGGUAGAAAACCGGUAGGAGAGUUUGGUGACGGUGUGGACAUUGUGCAGUGGGUGAGAAAAAUGACAGACUCUAAUAAGGAAGGAGUUGUAAAAGUUCUUGAUCCGAGACUUUCCUCAGUUCCCCUUCAUGAGGUGAUGCACAUGUUCUAUGUAGCCAUCUUAUGUGUUGAAGAACAGGCAGUGGAACGACCAACCAUGCGCGAAGUUGUUCAAAUUCUGACAGAGCUUCCUGGUUCUAAACAAGGGGACUUAACAAUCACAGAAUCCUCUUUGCCAUCAUCAAACGCUCUAGAAUCUCCAACAGCAGCCUCUAAAGAUCAUGAAAAUCCUCCUCAAUCCCCACCAACCGAUCUUCUUAGCAUCUGAAUUGAUCUCCUUUAGUCCAUGCUAGCUUAUCCAUUUAUGUUUUCUUUAUUAAACGUUUGUCUCCUCCAAUGGUUGGGGUUUCUCUAACUUUUAAGGUUAAGGUUUGGCUUUUCUUAAAAAAUGGUUCUGUACAGUAGGAUUAGUUGGAAGGAGAGUGGAAGUCAUUUUCUUCAUCUAGUAAACUGCUUUUAAAUUUGAUGUCAUGGCUAUGGUUUGUUCACUUGUUGUUCAGAGCCAGCACAGGGUGAGGGUCCAAGGGAGGCAAUGUAAACAUCAGUGACAGUGUCUUAUUUUGUGAGGGGAUCAGUGACAAGAGAAUGAAAGGGACAGACAAUAACACAAACGGGUUAGGUGCAAAUCAAGUGGGUAUAUGGUUAUAAUAUUACUGGUGAACGCUGAGUGGGUAGGCGCAGAAUGAAUGAGCUGUGUGAGCAUGUGACUAAUCAAUGGUCCAUGCUGCAAGGUUUUUCCCAAGUUACUAUCAUGUCCAUUCUCUCUUGUUUUUUUUCCCUUUUCGUUUAUGGUAGAAGAUAUGUAAAUGCAUGUUUGAGCAUAAGUUUGAUCCUAUCUGAAACUUAAAUUCAAGCCGUUGUAACAAUUUCUUUGUUUAUGGAUUAAGAUCUAAUGUCUUCCAA